AUGGCUGCUAGAAAUCUGGAGAAGAUGGCGUCAGUUGAUGCUCAAUUGAGGUUGCUGGCACCGUCGAAGGUCUCUGAAGAUGACAAGUUGGUGGAGUAUGAUGCUCUAUUGUUGGAUCGCUUUCUUGAUAUUCUUCAGGAUUUACACGGGGAAGAUAUCAGAGAAACGGUUCAAGAGUGUUAUGAGCUUUCAGCUGAAUAUGAAGGGAAGCAGGAUCCUCAAAAGUUGGACGAGCUUGGAAAUGUUUUAACAAGUUUGGAUCCUGGUGAUUCUAUUGUUGUUACCAAAUCGUUUUCUCACAUGCUUAACCUGGCCAACUUGGCUGAGGAAGUUCAAAUUGCUUUCCGACGAAGAAUCAAGUUAAAGAAGGGGGAUUUCAUUGAUGAAAGUUCAGCAACAACUGAAUCAGACAUGGAGGAGACCAUCAAGAGGCUUGUCAUGAAACUGCAUAAAUCUCCAGAGGAAGUUUUUGAUGCUUUGAAGAACCAGACUGUAGAUUUGGUGCUAACUGCACAUCCUACUCAAUCUGUUCGAAGAUCUUUGCUUCAAAAACAUGCUAGGAUAAGGAAUUGUUUGUCACAGUUGUAUGCUAAGGACAUUACUCCUGAUGAUAAGCAGGAACUUGAUGAGGCUUUACAGAGAGAGAUUCAAGCUGCCUUUCGUACUGAUGAGAUUCGAAGGACUCCUCCUACUCCACAAGAUGAGAUGAGAGCAGGAAUGAGCUACUUCCAUGAAACAAUCUGGAAAGGUGUACCAAAAUUCUUGCGUCGUGUCGACACAGCUCUGAAGAACAUAGGGAUAAAUGAACGUGUUCCUUAUAAUGCCCCUCUCAUUCAGUUUUCUUCUUGGAUGGGUGGAGAUCGUGAUGGAAACCCCAGGGUAAAUUCUGAAGUUACAAGAGAUGUAUGCUUAUUGGCUAGAAUGAUGGCAGCUAACUUGUACUUCUCCCAAAUAGAGGAUCUUAUGUUUGAGUUAUCAAUGUGGCGCUGCAACGAUGAACUUCGUGCUCGUGCAGAUGAUCUUCAUAGGACUUCAAAGAAAGAUUCUAAACACUAUAUAGAAUUUUGGAAACAAAUUCCUCCAAGUGAGCCCUAUCGUGUUAUUCUUGGUGAUGUCAGAGACAAACUGUAUAGCACACGGGAGCGUGCUCGUCAGCUAUUAGCCAAUGGGAUUUCUGACAUCCCUGAGGAUUCAACUUUUACUAAUGUGGAGCAGUUUUUGGAACCGCUGGAACUGUGUUACAGAUCACUGUGUGUUUGUGGUGACCGGCCAAUAGCUGAUGGAAGCCUCCUUGAUUUCUUACGGCAAGUUUCUACCUUUGGGCUUUGCCUUGUGAGACUUGAUAUCCGUCAAGAAUCUGAUAGGCACACUGAUGUCCUUGAUGCUAUUACAAAGUACUUGGGCAUAGGAUCCUAUCGAGAAUGGUCCGAGGACAAAAGGCAGGAAUGGCUUCUGUCAGAGCUCAGAGGCAAGCGCCCAAUUUUUGGCCCUGAUCUUCCGAAAACUGAAGAAAUUGCUGACGUGUUGGACACGCUCCAUGUCAUUUCAGAACUUCCCCCAGACAACUUCGGUGCCUAUAUAAUUUCGAUGGCUACAGCCCCAUCUGAUGUUCUUGCUGUUGAACUAUUACAACGUGAAUGUCAUGUGAAGCAUCCAUUAAGGGUUGUUCCAUUGUUCGAAAAGCUUGCUGAUCUUGAAGCUGCUCCUGCUGCUGUGGCCCGUCUCUUCUCAAUAGAUUGGUACAGAAACCGGAUCAAUGGGAAACAAGAGGUCAUGAUUGGUUAUUCUGAUUCAGGAAAGGAUGCUGGCCGUUUGUCAGCAGCUUGGCAGUUAUAUAAGACUCAAGAAGAGCUUGUUCAGGUAGCAAAGCAUUAUGGCGUUAAGCUCACAAUGUUUCAUGGACGAGGAGGAACUGUUGGAAGAGGAGGGGGCCCCACUCAUCUUGCUAUAUUGUCUCAGCCACCUGAUACAAUCCAUGGAUCACUUCGAGUGACAGUUCAAGGUGAAGUAAUUGAGCAGUCUUUUGGGGAGGAGCAUUUAUGCUUCAGAACACUUCAGCGUUUUACAGCUGCUACACUUGAGCAUGGAAUGCAUCCCCCAGUCUCACCAAAGCCAGAAUGGCGAUCACUCAUGGAUGAGAUGGCAGUUGUAGCGACUAAGGAAUACCGCUCCAUCGUAUUCCAGGAACCACGUUUUGUUGAAUACUUUCGCCUGGCAACACCAGAGUUGGAGUAUGGUCGAAUGAACAUUGGUAGUCGUCCAUCAAAACGGAAGCCAAGUGGAGGCAUUGAAUCACUCCGUGCCAUCCCAUGGAUCUUUGCAUGGACUCAAACGAGGUUUCAUCUACCUGUGUGGCUCGGUUUUGGGGCAGCAUUUAAGCAUGUGAUUGACAAGGAUAUAAAGAAUCUCCACAUGCUUCGGGAGAUGUACAACAUGUGGCCUUUCUUCAGGGUCACAAUUGACUUAGUUGAAAUGGUGUUUGCUAAGGGAGACCCCGGCAUUGCUGCUCUGUAUGACAAACUCCUUGUAUCAGAAGAAUUGUGGCCUUUUGGAGAGAAAUUAAGGCGCAACUAUGAAGAAACAAAGCACCUUCUUCUCCAGGUUGCUGGGCAUAGAGAUCUUCUUGAAGGAGAUCCAUACUUGAAGCAGAGGCUCCGACUCCGCGAUGCAUACAUCACUACACUCAACGUUUGUCAAGCCUAUACUCUGAAGCAGAUACGUGAUUCCAACUUCCAUGUGAAGGUGAGGCCACACUUGUCGAAAGAGUACAUGGAAUCAAGGAAGCCAGCUGCAGAGCUGGUGAGGCUUAACCCUACAAGUGAGUAUGCUCCUGGUCUGGAAGAUACUCUCAUUUUGACGAUGAAGGGUAUAGCUGCUGGUAUGCAAAACACUGGUUAAGGCAGCCUACAAUUAAAUUAUUCAUAAAUUAGAGAAAUUCUCUCGUUUUUCUGUAAUAACAGUAAAUCAAACUUUAUAAGUAACAAUAUAUUAUGUAGGUGCCUAAAAGAAAUACAAUGUUCAUCCUUGAUUACUUAAUAAAUUUUAUACAUAUAAUA